GUCGGUGGACCAUUCACUCAUUGCCACCACACGGUGCGACGAUAUAAUAUUAUUGUUAUUAUAGUAUGCGUGAGAUCGUUCGGCAAUAGAGCUGUUCGAUAAGUUUUCUUCAAGUUUUUGUUCGCAAAUUCCGUUUCGCGUUCACCCCGUCUCUGCACAAUCGACUGCGUCCGUUCAAAAUGAUGAUCACACAGUGUCUUCUGAUUGCCGGAAUCGUGGCAGUGGCGGUAUCUAUGCCAGUCACCCAGGAGGAGUACGCUAGGUACAUAUCCCAACAACAGACUGAAAAGGGCCAACCAAUCCGUAGACCCGUGCUUCUGCAGGUUGUCCCUGCCGGCGGUUCAGCUUACCAACAACCAGCAGCGGCGUCACCUCGACCAUCUUACCAACAGCCGGCCGCUUACCAGCCACAACCCGCAGCGUACCAGCCGCAGCCCGCUGCGUACCAACCCCAACAAGCCGCGUACCAGCCACAGUCUGCCGCGUACCAGCCAUCAUCUUACCAGGCGCCUCAGACCUACCAGCAACCGGAAGAAUACCAACAACCGGAACAACAGUACCAGCCAUCUCCCCGACCACAACAAGCACCGCGCCCAAAGGCUCCGUCCAAGCCAAAAUCUCAGAACAGGCCCGAAAAACCGGAAGACGAGGAGAACGACAACAACCCUAAUGCUCAAUACCAGUUUUCGUUCGACAUCAGUGACGACGAGUCAACCAACUACCACAAUCGCAAAGAACAGAGAGACGGUGAAAAGAUUUCUGGAAGUUACAGCGUCGUAGAUUCAGAUGGAUUUAUCCGUACGGUCACAUAUACUGCCGAUCCUGAAGAGGGAUUCAAGGCCGAAGUAAGCCGAGAGCCAACUAACAUCCAAGUUAAGAUUCCCACCCCUGCGCCACAAACGUCGUCAGCACCACAAUACAGAUUACCGGAGAGGAAGCCUCAGCAGCCGCAAUACAUCUCAGUCCAGGCUAGCGAACCCGAGUCUGCGGCGCAACCAGCCGACCCGAUUUCCGGUUACUACCGCAAUCCGGCACCGCAGCAACAGGUCAAGCAGGCACCGGCGUUACACCGAUUCGCCGCGCCCAGGCCCCAGUCAGCCGGCCACAAAGCCAGCGCAUUGGGCUACGCCUCGGCGCCGACCAACUCUCCGCCAAUCAUCUACCAGGCGUACGACCAAUAAUAACAAAUGAUGCAUAACAACAACAACAACAACAACAAUUGUUAUGUCGCAGUGAACGGGCGGCAGCGACGUCGUCGUCGCUGCUGCUGCUGCUGCAUCAUCUCAGAUCCGAAAUACACGCACUUCGGCGUCCCAACCGCAGUCGGCCAUCAAUCCGUCCUGGUCAGAACUCAUGUCCAGACCGUACACGUAGUCGGAAUGGUUUUGAUGGCUCUGCAGCGGUUCCGACGACACACCGUAAUCCCAUAUCCUAUACAUUAUAAUGAUUGAGAUAUAUUAUACGCACAACAUAUUAUUAGUAUAUUAGUAUUAUUGUAAUAAUAUUUGUAUUAUAUAAGUUGCAACAUGUAACGUAGCAGCAUAUAUUAUAGUAAAAUUUCAUUUAUUUUUGUUUCACAAAUUUACGAUAUUAUUAUUAGUGUUUGUCUUUAAAAAAAUAAAAUAUGUAAUUUUUGUGUAUAUA